CUGCCGACGAGCUGCCCCCGCGAGAAACGGCCUCGUGAUUCCCCGGCCGAGCCGUCCCCGCCUCCCCACUCCGCCCCCGCCUCCCCCGAAGCCUACCAGCUGCCUCUCCCCACCGCUCUCUUCUCCUCUCGGCGCUCGCGUGCGGGACGGUGCUGGCGAGGGCCGGGCGGCAGCUGGAGGUGACGCCGGGAAGAUUACGCCUGUGGCAGGGCCCCGGCCGAGCGGAUCUCUGCGCGCUGCGCAGAGGAGCAGCAGGAGCGCCGGGAUUGCUGUUGCCUAGCCCAGCCUGUUCCUGCGCCCGACUUGCGGAGGACCCCGGACAGCAGAGGCCCCGGGACAACCAAGCUGAUGGCGUCUUCGACCCCUUCUUCGUCCGCAACCUCCUCGAAUGCGGGAGCGGACCCCAAUACUACCAACCUGCGCCCUACAACAUAUGACACCUGGUGCGGCGUGGCCCAUGGAUGCACCAGAAAGCUGGGGCUCAAGAUCUGCGGCUUCUUGCAAAGGACCAAUAGCCUGGAAGAGAAGAGCCGGCUUGUGAGCGCCUUCAAGGAGAGGCAGUCCUCCAAGAACCUGCUUUCCUGUGAAAACAGUGACAGGGAUGGCCGUUUCCGGCGCACGGAGACCGACUUCUCCAACCUGUUUGCUCGAGAUCUGCUUCCGGCUAAGAACGGGGAGGAGCAAACUGUGCAGUUCCUACUGGAAGUGGUAGACAUACUCCUCAACUAUGUCCGUAAGACAUUCGACCGCUCCACCAAGGUGCUGGACUUCCAUCACCCACACCAGCUGCUGGAAGGCAUGGAGGGCUUCAACUUGGAGCUGUCGGACCACCCCGAGUCCCUGGAGCAGAUCUUGGUUGACUGCAGAGACACCCUGAAGUAUGGGGUCCGUACAGGUCAUCCUCGAUUUUUCAACCAGCUCUCCACUGGAUUGGAUAUAAUUGGUUUAGCUGGCGAAUGGCUGACAUCAACUGCUAAUACCAAUAUGUUUACAUAUGAAAUUGCACCAGUAUUUGUCCUGAUGGAGCAAAUAACACUUAAGAAGAUGAGAGAGAUAAUUGGGUGGUCAAGUAAAGACGGUGAUGGGAUAUUUUCUCCUGGGGGCGCUAUCUCCAACAUGUACAGCAUCAUGGCUGCUCGCUACAAGUUCUUCCCGGAAGUUAAGACAAAGGGCAUGGCAGCCGUUCCCAGACUGGUCCUCUUCACCUCAGAACAUAGUCACUAUUCCAUCAAGAAGGCUGGAGCUGCACUUGGCUUUGGAACUGACAACGUGAUUUUGAUAAAAUGCAAUGAAAGGGGGAAGAUAAUUCCAGCUGAUCUAGAGGCAAAAAUUCUUGAUGCCAAGCAAAAGGGGUUUAUUCCUCUUUAUGUCAACGCAACUGCCGGCACGACAGUGUACGGUGCUUUUGACCCCAUACAGGAGAUUGCGGAUAUAUGUGAGAAAUACAACCUGUGGCUCCAUGUCGACGCUGCCUGGGGCGGCGGGCUGCUCAUGUCCAGGAAGCACCGCCACAAACUCAGCGGCAUAGAAAGGGCCAACUCAGUCACCUGGAACCCUCACAAGAUGAUGGGCGUGCUCUUGCAGUGCUCUGCCAUUCUUGUCAAGGAAAAGGGUAUACUCCAAGGAUGCAACCAGAUGUGUGCCGGCUACCUUUUCCAGCCAGACAAGCAGUAUGAUGUCUCCUAUGAUACCGGGGACAAGGCAAUCCAGUGUGGCCGCCACGUGGACAUUUUUAAGUUCUGGCUGAUGUGGAAAGCAAAGGGCACAGUGGGAUUUGAAAAUCAGAUCAACAAAUGCUUAGAACUGGCUGAAUACCUCUAUGCCAAGAUUAAAAACAGAGAAGAAUUUGAGAUGGUUUUUGAUGGCGAGCCUGAGCAUACAAACGUCUGUUUCUGGUAUAUUCCACAAAGCCUCAGGGGCAUUCCGGAUAGCCCUGAACGACGGGAAAAACUACACAGGGUUGCUCCCAAAAUCAAAGCACUGAUGAUGGAGUCUGGCACGACCAUGGUUGGCUAUCAGCCUCAGGGGGACAAGGCCAACUUUUUCCGGAUGGUCAUCUCGAACCCAGCUGCAACGCAGUCUGAUAUUGACUUCCUCAUUGAGGAGAUAGAAAGACUGGGCCAGGAUCUGUAACUGCCCUCCACGAACACGAGUUUAUGGGCAUUCCCUUUCCUUCUGGCUCUCUAGAACCACCUUUGUAAAUUGCUAAACCACAUAGGAUAUUUCACUGAAGGAAAAACAUAAUAUCUCGAAAAAUAUUGUUUAAAACUUACUUAAGCUUGUUAGAGUUCAUAGGAAAUACUGUUCUUUUUAAAAAGUUGCCCACUAGGAACACAGUAUAUAUGUACAGUUAUAUAUACCUCUCUCUAUAUAUGUAUAUGUAUGUGUCGUGAGUGUGGCUUGUGACAGAUCACAGCAUGUCUCCCACUCCCAGAGAAUUAACUUUCCCUUCAGCAGUUACCGAUGGGCCAAACAUGCUGCAAACCAGCUUGCCCAAGAAUCCCAGGAAAGAUGUUUUUCAAGAUGUUGUGUCAUAGGAACCAAGGGACAUACUGUUGGUGAGAGUUGACCCCGUUAUCAGUGUUUCUCCUACCUGAGGUGAUGAUGAAUGAGACAAGGUACCAGUAGAUGACAAGAAUCACACCCUCUCCAUUAGUAUCCUGGUUGGGGAAAAUCAUAGCCGAGUCAUUGUUACAGAUGUGCUGUUGUUGUAUUUUUAAGGACUAAUUUGUGUAGAUUGUGUAUAUUUCUGUUGUCUGACCUUUGGCGGGUAGGGGAAGAACACAUGUAAUGAUUUCAAUGAAGUGUUUAAAUUGUAGUAAAUGAGAUAAUUGCUUAUUUAUAUUCAGAGAUUUACCAUGCUAAAGAGACGUCUUGUAUUUUCUUCCCAUUUGUAAUGUAUCUUAUUUAUAUAUCAAUGCAGGAAACUGUUUAUGGUAUUUUCGUGUAUUUGUGAGCCAAAGAAAAAAGAUUAAAAUUAGUGAGACUUGUAUUUAUAUUAGAGUGCUCUUCAAAUAAUGAUCGAAGCAUAAGUUUGCUGCCUGUAAGAGAAUUCUGAUACUGUACAUAGAAUCAUCUAUAUGGAAAUUCCAUGACUUCAAUAACAUCUGCUCUUCUAUUAUGCUCUCUGUCUGGCUAUAUGUCUGGUGUUCUCAAUGCUUUUCUAGUAACUGUUGGAUAGUAACUAGAUCUCCUAUAAUUUUGUAGUAGUUCAUGACCAAUCUCUGUGACUCGCUUAGCUUAAACCUAAGGCAACGUUUCCGAAGACCUUCUUAAGAGCUCCAAUGAACUGACCAGGCUCACAACUGUUUCUGAAGAAAGAAAAAUUCACACUGUGCGUUUUAGAGUAUGCAAGAAGAAUAUAAAUAAAUAAAAAUAUUCUCCAUGGAGAA